AUGCAGAAUCACAUCUACGAGCUCGGCCUGCUUGGCGGCCGAUGCUCUGACAUCCGCAUCAGGGCGUUCGGUCGCAUCUAUCAUCUGCACCGUCUCGUCCUCAUCCAGUCCGGCUUCUUCCGCGCCAUGCUCUGCGGCGGCUACGCAGAAGAUCUCGCAGCUGCUUCUGCCGCAGCCACGCUCAGCAAGGGCAACAGUCACAGCACCUCUUCGGCCCACGCAACGGGAUCAACAUCGAAAGACGCAGACAACGAUGUGGUGCAGCUGCACUUUGACGAUCCCAACAUCAGCAGAGCCGCUUUCGAGUACAGCAUCGCACGGCUCUAUGGCGACGGUCCCAAGCUGGUGCUGCCUUUCUGGUCGACUCCUUCAUCAGAUCACCCCUUCACGCCGGCGCUGAGCAUGCGACUAUCGCAAUCGAACGACUUGAAGAUGGCCAACCUGCUGAUCGACAAGCGCUCUCAUCCAGCUACGCCAAGAUUCCUGCUCUCGCUCUUGGCCACAUCCAUCUACCUCAACAUUCCGAGCGUCACGGCACAAGCACUCACCCUCGUACUGUGCUCGAUGACUCCCUUCACCGUGACGCAAUACCUUCGCUUCGCCAUCGGAUGCGGUAUCGAAGGCACGGAUCUGAACAGAUCCGCGUCGGACGAGAUGCGACAUGAUCUUGACGAGUGGGAUUGGGAACUCGAAGGUCCUGCACGAACGCUCGAGGAGAUCGCUCGCCUGGAUCCCACAUCGAGCACAUCGCCACAACUUCACUCCGAGCGGCAAUUCCGGAGCUACGCUGCGGGCACCUCAGACGAUCUUUCCUCCGCCUUCGCCAACAAGCUCCACGUAGCGCCCUCUGCUCAAGGAAUGAGGCGAGGGUCGUCCGCUUCGCCUGAAAGGAAGACCUCGCGAGGUCAAUUGGCCCAUGGUGCAGAGAUGACCUCGACUCCAUCUCGUUCCAACAUCACGACCCGCGAUGACACGCGCAGCGCUCAGAAGACCGCAGGGUUCCGAGAACCCGAGCCUGCAGGACUUGGCAUGGUUGCGACAGGCAGCAUCACGCCACAGUAUCAUUACGGAACCACAGCAGACAAGAUCGGAGAGGCCUGCGUCUGCUGGUACGCACGCUGGGGCUUCAACAUCUUUGAGCUCGAGAGCUCGAUGGAGCGCGAACGCGUCAUCGAGAUCGAGACCUGGAUCAGCAUGUGCCGGGAGGACCGCGACCUAGCACGACUGACGCUGCUGCGCGACCGUCUUCACACUGGUGAUGUCGAUCUCCUGCACACGUCCAUGCUUCCUCGCGGUCGCAUGCCGGAUUCCGAAGAGCGCAUGCCGUCGCCGCGACUACGCGUGUGGUCGUAUCCAUCGAUGCCCAGCGCUUGGGUGCGCGCCGUUAUUUCAUCAGACGGCUUCUACGUGCCCUCGGAGCUGCACCGGUACGAGUUCGCCAAGAAAGUCGUCGAGUUUCGGCGCAAGCAGAAGGCUCUUAUCACUGUCCUUGACCGUCUCAUCGACGAGUGGAUGCGCGAGGACGAGGAGGAGAUUUUGCGGAAAGCCACAGCUGCACCUGACUCGAACAAGAAGACGGGUGCGGCUCCGAAGGCUUCGACCUCCAGCGCAGCGUCGUCGGACAUCGGCGACGGCUUCGGCUUCAAAGCUUUCCGCCGCACCACCUCCUCCGUGGACGGAGACAGCGACAUGGACCCUGCUAGCACGCCCCUGCAAGAAGCAUGGGAUGACGGUGUUGAAUCGACUGCAUUCUCGGCAACGCUCGAUGAAGACGAAGCAGAGUACGAAGAGCUCUUCUCCUCCGGUAUCUACUACUCGCACAUGCCUUUUCAGGCGCUCAACAAGAUCAGCGCAGACAUCUCGCCGUCUACCGGGCGGUCGUAUACCCCUCUCAGCGUCCUCCAAGCUGCCUUGUGGGUGAGCAACGAGCUCAAGACACACAUCCUGUCAAGCCAGGAUCCGCUUCAAAGGCGUGAAAGUUCAGCGACCCUGCACGAUCCAGAGACGGCGAGUCAGGCUGCCUCAGCCGAGCAGGGAGACUCGUCGGAUCCAGAGGCCGACGGUUCGGGCGAAUUGGGUGUCUCGAGCUCCAUCGUACACUUCCGCGACGCUUUUGAGUCGACCCUCCCGUCAGCUGGACGCUUCUCACGCAGCCGAUCGGGGACGCCCGGCUACAAGGCGGACGAUUCCGAUGCUACGCUAAGCUUUGGAUCGACGUCCGGGCUGGGAGGUCUCGCAGCUAGCCCGCUGAUGCUCGGUACCUCCGGCGGCGGGAAAGCAGCUUUGCUGGAUAAGAGGUUCUAUCUUGUACCAUCUGACGACACUGUCCGAUUUGGCGACAGUCUGACUUCCGUGGUCGGAUCGGUCGUCCCGUCCAGCUCAGCUGCAUCACGCGCCACUGGCUCUGAUGACGAACGCAGUCGCCCAUCUGCCGCAUUUGCAGAUGACCCUCUGGGGCCCUCUGGCAUCGCUGCCAUCCAGAUCCCACGCACGCUCCCCAUCCCAGCCGUGAUGCACCACGACCCAUCUCACCCAUCCACCCACCGCCGCGACCGAUCUCACUUCUACGGCAUCGCCAACGACGUUGCCACUGGUCGCGAACUCGGCUCUUACGCGUCCGACCUCCUUACUCAACCCCCCUCCCCCUCUUCCGCCCUCUUCGACCAUCCCCCCACCCGCCGCUCGGUCGGCGGCGAGGACCCCGACUCCUUCGCCGAAACCUCCUCUCUCUCCUCCACCUCCUCCGACCCACCCGAGCGCUGGACCGGCUACGAACCGAUGCGUGUCGGCGUCGAGUUUUUCGGCAUCGACAAGCUGCACGAAAAGCAACGGCUCUACUCGCCGACGUUCUUCUACGCGGGCAGUGUGUGGAAUCUGUACGUGCAGGUGGUGAAGAAGGUGAAGGGUGUGCAGUUGGGGGUGUAUUUGCAUCGGCAGAGUAUGCGGGAGGAUUUGCCGCUGAGCAGUGCGCCCGAUGCAGAAGAGGUGAUGGCGAGGGGGGAUUCGACGCCGAGGGGUGGGAGUUUUUUCGAUGCGUCGUUUGCUUCGCCCGUCUCCGGUGGGGGUGUGGGGAGCACGCUGACGUUGCCUCACGGUACCACCACCACGCGUCUAGCCACCGACCCGGACAUCACAGAGCUCUACCCAGGAGGACCCACCGUUCGCCCGACAUCAGCACCCGCGAUCCCCUACCGCGACCCCCGCCCCCACCUCCGCGCCUACUUCUCCAUCCACUGCCCCUCCCCCCUCGGCAAUGCACUCACCAAAUUCAGCUCCGGUCCGGACAAGUUUACGGUGAGCCAGAGCUGGGGUUGGAAAUCCUCCUCGCUGCUAGGAACGGUUUGGUUGGAUGGGGGUGAGUUGGACGGUGGGAAAGCGGGGUUGUGCUAUCGAUUUCGGUGCGUUUGCUCUAUUGGACUGGUGUAG